UCUCCUUUAGACAGCUUUUUGUUACCUUCUCAAAUGUAACCCCCGGCUUCUUCUCAAUGCAAGACAGGCGAGUCUAUCGACAAUCCUGACGUGGGUGAGAAGGUCUGAAAUAUUCAUUAGAAUACGCAGCCAUCAUUCCUAUUCGAUCUUAUUCUGAUUGAAGAAUUGAGUCAGAAACAAGAAAGGAGGAUUGACAGCAAAAGUUGAUAAACACAAUGGCUGGAAGUUAUGUUCUCUUUACCUCAGGAGAAGGACAAUCCAGCGAAAUUACUUUACCAAGAAGCUGGCAACAUAAAUUUUGAAGUUUUAAUAUAGCUUGUCCUCACCAAACAGCUUUCACACUGUCAUCUCUCAGAAGGGAAAAAGGAUAGCCUCAUUAAAGAAAAGACCAAGAUUACACUCCCCCCCCCCCUCCUUUUUUUGUGACUGAGUCAAGGCACUGCCAUAGAUGCCAGAAUGGCUGAACAUUGAAAGAAAAAGAAGAGCAAGUUGCAGUCAUGGUUAAAAUUUCCUGCUGAUGUGACAGUAUUGCCUGGGAGAGAUUUUUUAAGCGACUUCAAUCAAAUGUCCUGCUGUUCAUGAAGUCACUUGUUUUGAAAUCUCUUUUCAGUGGGCUCUGCCCAUAGGAAUCUACUCUUCAUAGGAAUCUCCAAAUGUGAACAUAGUCACAAAAUUCAUCUUUCAUUCUAAUUCAGAAUUACUUAACUGUUUUGACUGACAAAUUACCUUUUACAUUGUACUCUGAUUGCUUGGGAUACAUUUACAAUGAUGAAAGGACGCCACUGAGACAGAUGGACGUUUUACUCCUUUUUUCCUGUGAAUUCAACACAGAAUUAUAACAUAUCUUUAUAAGAAUAUCACUAUUCUGUCUUCUUCCAGAACUGUGAGUGAUAUUAUCCCACCUGGUAAUAUUACACAAUUAAAAAUGGAGUAUCCUCUAGUUGACUACAACAACUGUGGAGACCAAGUAGGAGGUACAGCUGCCUUCAUCUGCACUGAAUGUGGUGAUGGCUUCAGCCACUACCCUGACCUGUUAAAUCAUAUGGUUAUACAUGGGCCAGUUGAUCCUUUCCCCUUUGAUUGCCCCCCCAGUAGCUUUGGAACGCCUCUUGAGUUUGCACUCCAUGAAAAUGGCAUGUUAACAGUUGUAGACAGAUCGGUAGAACUAAACUAUUUUUCACCUGCCACUGACAAACCUCAAUCCCCAGAUCUAAUUUGGAGUCAAGACCAUUCAUUGGAGUCUCAGUCUGCUCCUGUUCUUCCUCCCACAGAAGCUCUACCUCUGGAGGCUCAUUCUAGUACUGUUACUUUGUCACCAAACCAGGAUCGCUCUCUAGAGUCUCAUUCUGCUCCUAUAAUUUUGACAACUAAUCAGCCUCUGCCCUCAGAGUCUCAACUGACUCCCGUAACUCCAUCACCGACUAAGGCACAACGAGGUAGUUCUAAAAGUCUUGUACCUACUUAUCCUGCACGGUUUAGAUGUGAGACUUGUGGCCAGUUAUUCAACACUCGAUCAGGCUUACAGCGACAUCAACGCUACAGAACCUUGGAGCGGGGAUUUAAGUGCACUUUGUGCUGUAAGAUUUUUAAUGAACGAGAGGAAUUGAGACAGCACCUUCAAGAACAUGCACAUGAGCGAUUUUAUAGUUGUGGGCAUUGUGGAAAGCGUUUUCUCCAUAAGGAAGCUUUGCACGCUCACCAGGAGGAACGGCAUGGCAAGGCUGUAUCAAAGACUUCAAAAGUGUCUGGAGAGGUACAGGAGAAUAGCACUGAUAAAUCAUACCCUUGUAAGUUGUGUGGGCUUCGUUUUUUCUGGCUGUCUGACUUGCAGAGCCACUUGCUCAGUCACGCCCAUGGAAAAAUUGUGUCUUGUAUUUCUACUUAUGAUACGCCAGCACCCCAGAAAAAAACUCAACAGGAUGAGAAAUCUCAUGAUGGUAAACCCAAUACAGCCUUACCUAAACGUACACAUAAGCGUCAGGAUACUGCCCCUAGCUUGAACACCUCCUUUAGACCAUACCGCUGUGGUUUGUGUGGGAAUCGCUUUCAGCAGUUAUCAGAUCUUAAGUUGCACCACCUUUCCCACCAAACACAAGAAGACUUUGUGAGCCCAGAACAAGAGCCCAAACCUAAACAGGUCCAAAGUGGAGCAGCAUCGAAGCAACAAAUUCAAAGUGGUGCACCUGCGAAAGAGGCAAAGCCACGGGGAAGGCCCCCUCGUGGGAACCAAGCUAAUCACAAUGCUCGAGUGUAUCCUUGUAAACUAUGCCACCGUGUUUUUGUGCAUUCCAGUAGCUUGUCUCGGCAUAUGAGAUACCACAAGGGGACUUUGCAUACUUGUGUUUAUUGUGGGAGACACUUUCCACAACGCUGUGAUGUAAGAAGGCACAUUGCUAUGUAUCAUAAUGCACAAGGAACACAAUCAAAGGCUGAGACUGAAAAAGCAGUAGCAGAAAGUAGAAGGGAUAUCCAUUUGCAACAGCCACAAUUAAAACCACAUUUACAGUGUCCACUAAAGCAGACAGAGAAAGGUGCAUCAGAAAGAAAAAAGGAUAGCAGUAACUGCAAUUGCAUCAAGUGUGGAAAGAUAUUUUUGGAUUCCUCUGAACGGGAUAAACAUGGUUGCAACAGUCAGCACUCCUGUGACCCAAAAGAAGCAGAGUCAUCCCCUAAGCCUCGGGUGACUUUCCAGUGUAGUGUUUGUGGAAAAGGCUUUGGAUUACUUUGUGUUUACCAACGUCACCAGCGAUACCACAGAAGAGAGCUUGCUGGUGAGAUACACAAGUGUCCCCGCUGUCCAAGGCGUUUCCGACAGUCAUGUGCUCUAAUACGACAUCUUGAAACGCACCAAAGUUUGUCCCCAGGAGAAGAGGACAAGGAAGCGCAAAUAUCUCCAACCACUGGAUCCAGUCAGGAUCCUACCUUAGUUUUGGAACAUGAUGAGGAUCUUGAGGAUGAAGAAGACUUGGAGGAGGAAGAGGCUAGUGGAGGUAUUGCAGCUGAAGUGCUAUAUGAAUGCACAGAGUGCACCCAGACCUUCUCUUCUUUAGUGACAUUUUUACAGCACCAGAGUGCUCAUGGCUCAGAUAGCCUUGGAUAAUGGCAUUACCUGACAGUCUCCUCUGGUUAAUGACACAAAUAGUGUUAGACUCUUUCAUCCUUUACUUGUAGUAAUGGAACUAAGAUCUUUAAAAGAAUGAGGCAAGUAAUGUGGACUGGACUAUAAAAAGAACAAGUUGAACAGUUGAUUUCUUUUGUGAUGUUUUGAGAUUCUUUUGUUUGUUAAUGGUUUUAUGACUACUGGCAAAAUGUAUGCUAACUAGUUCCUCUUUGUAAAAAGCAUAACUAUAUAGUGCUCUUCUUAAAACUCCAAAAUUUGGUAAUUUCACUGAAACUGAUUCACAAAAAAACUGAUUUUUUUUUUUUUUUUGGAGGAAGAAAAAUAUCUAUAUAUACAUAUAUAUGUGUAUUUGGGGUCAGUCUUGCUGGUUUCUCCUCAGCUCAUUUGCAUAAGUCUUGCUGGAAAUGUAGUUUAUAAUAUGGAUGCCCAAAAUGUAAAAACCUGCUUGAGGUAGGCAGGUUAAUCUUCUAAAUGUAAUUUUGCAUUUAUGUUAUAGGUCUCUUAAAAUUUGAAAUGUUUCCUUCUUCUGAAUCACUAAGUUUAAACUUUUCAUUCAGAUUUAGAAAUUUUUAGGAAAGCCUUUGACCUAUUUUGCCUACUGUCUUUUGGUGUUCCUGAAGAGAUGUCUGCUGGUUAUAUUUAACAGUUAGUGACCCUGAAACAUAUUUAACUGGAUUAUUUUGCAGCUUUUCAUGGUGUCCCUCAGGGGUCUUUCCUAGGACCAUUUAUUUUAUAUACUUUUUCACCUUGUAUAGAUUUGUUUUUAUUGACAGUUUGACAACUGGUUAUUGGAUGAUUGCAAUGGACUUCUAACUGAAGUGUGUGCUACUGUUAAAUAAAUUAUAGAAAUGUGCAGAAUUUUGUCUUCCCUAUUUUACCACACCGCAUCACAACCACAUAUCAGUCGAGUGAUAUAAUAGUUUCUUGAUGUAUUUCACAAAUUUGGAUUCAAGGUAGCAAGACAUAUCUGCAAGGUUAUUAAACUACCAUGCUCAUUUUCUCCCAUUCCCUACUCAGAAGAUGAAUGACCCCUUCCAUUUUGUAAAGGUCUUGGAGCCUUGACUUUUGGCAUUAAUUUCCAACUGAUUAAGGUAAUAAUUUAAAUUGGGCUCUAGUAUUUCAAGUAGUUUAAGUAAGUUGUCUUGCAUAUUAGUGGUACUGUUUUCUUUGCAUGCACCCAUUUCUUUAGUUUUGCUAAUGCAAAUCAAAAUGGUUUUAUAGCUCAGAAUUUUAUAGUGAUCAUCUUUAACUAGCUUUACCAUAUGAGAUAGUCAGGCUUAUGCCAAUGGUAUAUUUUUUCCAUGGAAAUGUGGACCACAACACUGAAAAGACUUCAGUAGAGUUUGGUUUUACUGAAUUCAAAGGAGAGGACUUUACCACCUAGAAAUUGAGACUUUUGUGUUAAUACUGCAUUUUAUGGCAAAAUUUAGUUAUUGCAUCCUUUUCUAUUGCCAAGUAAGAAUGGAUGUGUACUUUCUCAAAUGUUAU